UCAAAGAGUUAACCUGGACCGAAACAUGAAACAAACCAUAUCAAGAAAAUAUGCUACUGCACAAUGUAAAACUAAUGGAACAAAUGGUCGUUUGAUAAAGUUCAACAACGAAAAAGAACUUUCCAUCUUUGUAAAAGAACUACGACUAGAAAUAACUUCCCUAGGGAAAUGGCCAACUAAUGCAGAUCACAUAUCAAUUUUAAUUGGUAUGAUUACCGAAGGACACGCAUGGAAAUGGAUCGAUAGCGCUCAGGUAUUCAUCGAAGACUUUCCAAGUUUGGACAUCAUCUCCAGGAAUCCGGAAGAAUUUAUCACCCAAGACAAUAUUAGAAAAUACGUUGUUCUUGAUUUGUACAGGGUAGCUGAAUGGAAUCUACGAGUGGAAAGCGACUCCUCUCUUGAAGCAAACACAUAUGGAUGCGAAUGGGAAUGUUCUUAA